GGGUGGGGGCGUGGCUAAAUGUCGUGGGUGUGGAUGGAAAGGGUCAGUUUCAAGGUGUACAAUUGUUGACUGAAACAAAGACCUCAGCCACGACAACCAUUACGUUUUCACACCUUUUAACCACAGGAUUUGAGUCAUUGAAGAAAUUUACCAAAGGGACCGCUGAAGUAAUUGAAGAACAUGAAUUCCGCAAGAUUUGAAUACGAGGGGCAGAACGGGCGGCAUGAGCAGGUCACCUUCCUGGAUAACAAAGAGAAGAUGGCAUCGAAGAAGAAGACUGGAGUGAUAGUGGGAGUCCUCAUCACUCUGCUUGUCUUGGCCGCCGUGACAGGAAUCCUCAUCUGGCUCUUUGGUAUCAAAGGCAGGGAGUCGGCGGCCACCAUAAGUAUGAAGCGUGUCCCAGCUCAGCGGGUGUAUAGCGGGCACAUGAAACUGGACAACGUGCCCUACAACCAGAAUCUGGAGGACCCCACCAGCACAGAGUUCCAAAAGCUGGCAGAUGACCUGGAAGAGAUACUUAAGAGCAACUACAAACAAGUUGAGUUCCUCUCCAAGUACUACACCACAUCUGUGGUGACCGCCUUCAGUGAGGGGGUGCUGGCCUAUUACUGGACCCAGUUUGACAUCCCGGCAGCGGACCUGGAGAUACUGCCAGAGUUCUCUGAGGAGCGGGUCCUGGAGGUGCUGUGGAACGGCAUUAGGGAGCAGGGCAAACGCUCCGGCCAGAGCCUCCACAUCAGCCAAGUCACUGCCUCACGCACAGACCCCAGGAUGGCCAGGAACCCCAGAGCCGAUUAUGAGUGUUUCUUCCGGUUGGAGGCUAACACUUUAGCUCAGAGCUUCCAGUCUCCAGGCUUUCCAGAUCAGUAUCCGGCCCAGUCCCGCUGCCAGUGGCAGAUCAGAGCCCCGGAACAGAACGCCAUCUCAGUCCGCUUCUCCCACUUUCACAUAGAGGACGACUGCUCCGAUGACUUUGUGUCCAUAUAUGACUCCCUCAGCCCGGAUGAGUCCCAGGCCAUCACUCACAAGUGUGGUCAGAGGCCUCCCAGCAAUCCCCUGGAGGUGGUGUCAUCCAGUAACAUCAUGCUCAUCAACCUCAUCACCGACAGCGCUGUCCAGAGGCCCGGCUUCAGUGCAGAGUACUCAAUCAUCCCCCUAACAACAUCCAAAAGUUGUGGAGGAGUCCUGAGUGAUGCUCAGGGGAACUUCAGCUCUCCCCAUUACCCCAGCUUCUAUCCCCCAGCCCUGGACUGCAAGUGGACCAUCGAGGUCCCUGCAGGGAAGCAGGUACGUGUGAAGUUCACCAUGUUCCGUAUGAAGGAGCCGAGAGUGGACCUCAGGGUGUGUCACAAAGACUACAUAGAGGUCAUGGGCACCAAGUACUGUGGGGAGCUGUCUUCUCUGGCCCUUACCAGUACCACCAGCUCUCUGGCUGUGAUGUUCCACUCUGAUGAGUCCUUCACAGACAAAGGCUUCCAGGCUCAGUACAACGCAUACGAUCCUUCCAACCCUUGCCCCAACCAGUUUUCCUGUGGCUCUGGGUUCUGUAUCAAGAAGGAGCUGCAUUGUGAUGGCUGGAAUGACUGUGGGGACAUGAGUGAUGAAAUGAACUGCAAAUGUGAAAAGGACCAGUUUGCCUGUGACAACGGGAUGUGCAAGCCCAAGUACUGGGUGUGCGACCGUGUCAACGACUGCGGUGACGAGAGUGAUGAGAAGCACUGCAGCUGUGCUAAGAAUGAGUGGAGGUGUGGCGACGGGACCUGUUUGCCUCAGGAUGUGGUGUGUGACACUAAGAUGGACUGUGUAGACGGGAGUGACGAGGCUUCCUGUACCGUCUCUCCUGGUAUCUGCUCUGACUUCAGCUUUAAGUGUAAGAACGAGGCGUGUGUGAACAAGGUGAACGCUGAGUGUGACCGGGUCAAAGACUGCACCGACGAAUCAGAUGAGGAGGGCUGCGACUGUGGCAUCCGGCCAUACAAGCUUAACCGUAUUGUGGGCGGGGAGAAUGCGCAGCUGGGGGAGUGGCCCUGGCAGGUGAGCCUGCACUUCCAGACCCGUGGGCAUGUGUGUGGCGCGUCAAUAAUCUCCAACCGCUGGCUCCUGUCUGCCGCCCACUGCUUCAAGACCAUCAGCCCUGAAAACCACGUGGCCUCCAACUGGCAGACGUACAGUGGCAUGCAGGACCAGUAUAAGCAGGAUACUGUUCAGAGAAGCUUGGUGAAGACCAUUAUCACCCACCCAGACUACAACCAGAUGACCUAUGACUACGACAUCGCCCUGCUGGAGCUGAGCCAGCCGCUGGAGUUCACCAACACCAUCCACCCCAUCUGCCUACCCGCACGCUCCCACCUCUUCCCUGCUGGCAUGUCCUGUUGGGUUACAGGCUGGGGCACUCUCCGCGAAGGAGGUGCCAUAGCACGGCUGCUGCAGAAGGCAGAGGUGAAGAUCAUUAACGACACGGUGUGUAACGUGGUCACCGAGGGUCAGGUCACAUCCAGGAUGCUCUGCUCCGGCUUCCUGUCUGGAGGGGUUGACGCCUGUCAGGGAGACUCGGGGGGUCCCCUGGUGUGCUUCGAGGAAAGUGGGAUGUGGUUCCAGGCAGGCAUCGUGAGCUGGGGUGAGGGCUGUGCUCGUCGGAACAAGCCCGGCGUCUACUCGCGUGUCACCAAGCUGAGAGACUGGAUCCGCAAGAACACGGGGGUUUGAUGAUGAUGGAACAUGGGGGAGGGGGAGGGACAGCGGGUAGACAGUUUGGGGGUCUGACAGAACGAGACAAAAAUAAGGAAUAUGGAACAUUGAGUCUGAUUGAGGACGAGUCCCCCCAUGAUGACCAGAGCUAUCCAUCCAUCUAGCCAGCCUCAACCAGCCUCCGACACCCACUGAGGGCCUGCAUGGGGCUAGCUACUGCUCAGAUGAAUGAUUUCAAAUGGGUUUUGGAUUAGAUUUUUCAAUGUUUUUAUGCUGUACUGAUGCAACCCUGGUUCUCAAAGGCUCCGGGAAGCAGCAAGACUCCUGCACCUCCAUCAAUCAUGUCAUGUUCCACUGGUUUGAUUAAUAUUCUCCCAGUGUAAAUAAUGGAAGAUGUAUAUUUUGAAGAUGCAUUUUGUUUUUAAGUGAUAGUAUUUGCCAAAUCCCCGCCAUUGCUAUGAUGUGAGAUCACAUCUUCUGUUAGACAGACAGACAUACCAAAUGAACUGAGGGAAUUCGAAUUGGAACAGAAGUAGAAUAGUUGGUUGUAUUUUUACAAUGUAUUUCUUUACCAGCUGUUUUCACCUGCCAAUUUUCACUUAAAGUGCCUUGACAAGAAUAUGGAAUGUUUUAUAAGUCAGUGUGAUACCGGUGAUAUUAGUAAUUCCAUAUUUUGUUACAGCCUGAAUUAAAAAUGGAUUAAAUAUAAACUAAAAUCACCCAUCUAUACACAAUACCCCAUGAUGACAACGUGAAAACCUAUUUUUAGAAAUGUUUGUACAGAAAUAUCUCAUUUACAUAUGUAUAUUCACACCCCUGAGUAAAUUCAUGUUAUAAUCACCUUCGGUAGGGAUUACAACUGCUAGUCUUUCUUGGUAAGUCCCUAAUGAGGUUUCCACAUCUGUAUUGUACAAUAUUUGCACAUUAUUCUUUUCAAAAUUCUUCAAGCUCUUUCAAGUUGGUUGUUGAUCAUUACUGGACAGCCAUCUUCAAGCCGUAGGUUUUCAAGUCUAUUUUAAUUUAAAACUGUCACUAAGCCACUCAGGAAUAUUCAAUGUCAUCUUGGUAAGCAACUCCAGUGUAUAUUUGGUCUUGUGUUUUAGGUUAUUGUCCUGCUGAAAGGUGAAUUUGUCUCCCAGUGUCUGUUGGAAAGCAGACUGAAGCAGGUUAUCCUCUAGGAUUUUGACUGUGCUUAGCUCUCUUCCAUUUUGCCCCCCCCCCCAAAAAAAAACUCCCAA